GAAAGCACCAAGCAUGUGCGUGUCCGGUCUGUUUUUAUGUUUUAGUUUGCAUUGUUUACUUCCGUUACCAGUGACAAUACCCGGGUCUUUCUUAUGAUUAUCAUCUGAUUUCCAUUAUUAGAUUCAUUUCAUACUAAAUCAAGAUGCCUAAGAAAAAAGGAGGAAAGAAGUCUGGUGGAAAGCUGUCUAAAAUGACAGAAGAGGAAAGAUUGGCGUAUGAAGAACAGAAAAGACUUCAAGAAGAGGAAAUGAAAAAGAAGAAAGAAGACAUGUUAACACAGUUCUUAAAGGACAAACUAUCAAAAGAAGAACGAGCAACCAAAUACAAUUUAAACAAACUGAAUCAUCAAUGGAGAAACAUAAUGAGGGAGGCUAAAUCUAAAGAACUACGCAAAGAAAUUGAAAUUCUCAGUCAGACAUUUGAAAGAAUCGUAGACAGGAAAGAUGCCACGAUUAAAUCUCUCGCCAAAGAUUUACAGGAAGCAGAGGAACAAUAUGCUAUGGCUCUCCGUAGUCAUUUACAGGCUGUUGAUAGUUUAUUUGACAUACAAGAAGAAAGGUUAAACAAAUUACAGAUAUAUUAUGAAGAUGAGUUAGCCCUUAUCCGGGAAGAAUUUGAUACAGAAAGAGCACUUAUGAUAGAACAGCAUGGGGUUGAAAUGAAUGAUAUAGCUGACAUUUUGUUUGCUAUGGAUCAAAACUUCCAAGAUCGUGAAAAUGAGGCUCGAGCUGAAUUUGAAAGUUUUUGUGAUGAAAUUAAAAACAAGGAUACUGAGGAGAAACAUGGGUUAAAGGUCCUCCUGUUUGAAAAACAAAAAGAAUUAAUGAGACAGUUUGAGCAGGCUUUGGAUGCCUAUCUAAAUUCUACAAAAAGUAGGAAGAAUGAAUUUGAGGAAUAUAAACGCAAAGAUGAUCAUGCUGCACAGGAAAUAGAUUCACAAAUGAGAAGAAUCAAUAAGUUAUCGGACAAUAUUUCACAAUUGAAAAAUAAGAUGAUGGCCAAUGCCAAAGAAUGUGAAGAAAGAAAUAAACAACUAAAAGAGGAAAGAGAAAAGAUGUUAGCCCACUUUCAAGACUUGAAAGCACAGAUGAAUAAGUUACGAGAGCGAGAGAGGGACAAGCUAACAAAAAUGACAUUGGAAAGCAAUUCUGCUACGAAAGAAUUAAAAAGACAAAAUGAAAAGGUCACUGUGAUAUUGAAACUAGCAGAGAUGUGCCGUAAGCUGGAGACAGAAGAGGAGAAGGUGCUUCCAUUCUAUGCCUCCUCCCUAACUCAGGAGGAACAGGAUGAUGUCCAAACAGCCAUGUUAGAACGAGGUUAUGAACCCCUGGCUCAGAUCAUGCAUGAAUAUUCUUCAAUGGAAAAUUUCUGGAAAAGAUUCAACAAAGUAUUCUUAGACAAGUUAGCUCUAGAUAAAGAAAAGAUGGGUCUAGUUCAAGAAAACCAACAGCUGCGAACCCUACUGAAGCAGUACCUGGAUGGAAUCUCUGUCAAUGAUGAAAUUAUCAGCCAAGUCAAUCCAUUGUUUAUUGUCAACAAUAAAACAAAUGUCAAACUAAAUGUUCCAGUGACAGAUCCUCGUGUACAGAGACCUGUAGCACAAACAGUUGUAGAGGCAGCCCAUGUGGUUAGACAUGUUUUACCAUCAUAGUCAACCAAGGCCAGUGGCACAAACAGUUGUAGAGGCAGCCCAUGUGGUUAGACAUGUUUUACCAUCAUAGACAUCUAAGGCACUUCUAUGUCUCCUUUGUGUUUAUACAUUUUGAAAUGAGAGCUUUGAUAGGCAUCAUAACAUAUCUUGAACAUUAAUUAACCCAUGAAAUGAACCAUAGAGUGUGUAUGUUGAGUGGCUAUGUAAUUAUGAAAAAAUGAUAAUUUGUUUUCAAAAUAACAUGAAAUUAAGUGAGUUAUUUCCCCUGAUUUCGUUGUUAUGCUGUACAUACUAUACAAAUUUAAUUUUUUAAAUGUCUAAGUAAACAAGGGAAACCUCUUGUUGAUUCUGUUGUAUGCUAGUAAGAAGAAAUAUUUUUUCUACAAUGUUUUUUAGUAGUUAUAACCAAAAUAAAUGCAUUUCCUUAUGUGCAAAAUCCAUACUUAUUCAUCUGACAAUUUAUACAUUCAUUAUUUAUUUACAAUAAUUUAUUUUUAUAAUUCAGGUGAACAAACUUACAGCAUUUUUGCAUUUUUUUUACUGUGUUGUUCCUUUUUCUAAUGCAUGUAUCUGUCACAUUAAUUUUGAUAAAAUACAUUAUAUUUUGCAAUAACACCACUUAAACCAUUGAUGAAAACUGCAUUUAAAAUCCGGUGAAAUAAUUUUCAUUUUAAUUGUUUCUUAUUUUCACAAACACAUUCAAGUUUGGGAAAACCAUGUUAUAUUUUCAAAUUUGCUGCCAUAUUGUUACUUUAAAUGAAUGUCAUAGAAUUUAACUACGGUUUAAUUUUUCAUUUUUGCAUCAAAUAAAAGUAUACUGGUAUAUAAAAAUCCUAUGCUUGAAUAGCAGCAUUUUUAACAAUGGAUGUCCAUGCAGUGACAUAAAAAAAUGUAUUUGGUGAAGAAACAUUAUCUAUUAUUUUGUAAUCCUGUUAAAAAUUUGUAUUCUGAAAUUAUGAAGAAUUGAUAUAAUCUUAUAACUUCAAGCUACAGCUGUGAUAUUUCAAAGACAAGUUUUAUGCAUUUUUUGUAAAUAUUGUGUUGUUAUAUAUAUUAUAUGUUGGUAUUUUCUAUGGUAAACAUAGCUUUACAAUUUAUUUUUGAAUUAGGUCAAUGCAUGCAUUUUCAGAUACAGUAAAUGUAUCUUAUAUUUUUAAUUGUCCUUACAAUGGAAUGAAAGUUAUAUAAAAUUUAGCAAAUCGUGCGGUUGACAGUUAAAUACACCUUUUUUACAGAUUAGCAAAAAUCACCAACCCACCCUUGAAGUAAAAGUUCUACUUUUAUUUUUCUUGUCCAAUUUAUUCAUGCAUCGGCCACUAAUAAGCUCUGUGGUAUAAGUUUAUAUGGACUUUAAUCAUUUUUAUGCACUGAUUAAAUGGACAAUCAUUAUUGCAAAUAAUUUAAGUUUUUUACUAAUGAAAUGUUUUUUUUAAUGUUAUUUAGAUUUAAAUGUUGUUUUGAUAUAUUUUUGCAUUUAGUUUAAUCAAUAAAGUAUGCUUUUAUU